AUGGAUGCCCCCAUACAGAUUUUCCGUGAGGAGCCAGACUCCACCUGCUCCCCAGGGCCCUGCCGGCCCCCCAGCACCAGCAGCAGCUGGCCCCCGGGCUGGGCAGACUAUGAGAGCAAUGCCACUGGGGGCUUUGGGGACGGCCAGCACAACCACACCAGCAUCUCCCCCGCCAUUCCCAUCAUCAUCACUGCUGUCUACUCAGUGGUCUUCGUUGUCGGCUUGGUGGGGAACUCCCUGGUCAUGUUUGUCAUAGUAAGGUACACAAAGAUGAAGACAGCAACCAACAUCUACAUCUUUAACCUGGCUAUGGCAGAUGCCCUUGUUACCACGACCAUGCCUUUCCAAAGCACCGAGUACUUGAUGAACUCCUGGCCCUUUGGCGACGUGCUGUGUAAAAUAGUGAUUUCUAUUGAUUAUUACAACAUGUUUACCAGCAUUUUCACACUCACCAUGAUGAGUGUUGAUCGAUACAUUGCUGUGUGUCACCCUGUGAAGGCUCUGGACUUCCGUACACCUCUCAAAGCAAAGAUAAUCAACAUCUGUAUCUGGCUGCUGUCCUCAUCUGUUGGUAUAUCAGCAAUAGUCCUUGGAGGCACCAAAGUCAGGGAAGAUACUGCUAGCACUGAAUGCUCCUUGCAGUUUCCAGACAGAGAUUAUGUGUGGUGGGACAUCUUCAUGAAAAUCUGUGUCUUUGUCUUUGCGUUUGUUAUUCCAGUUCUCAUUAUAAUUGUUUGCUACACUCUGAUGAUUCUGCGCCUGAAAAGCGUACGGCUUCUCUCCGGGUCUCGAGAGAAGGACCGAAACCUGCGGCGCAUCACCAGGUUGGUUCUGGUGGUUGUGGCAGUGUUCAUUGUCUGCUGGACUCCCAUCCACAUCUUCGUGCUGGUUGAGGCCUUAGGGGACGUGUCCCACAGCACUGCUGCCAUAUCCAGCUAUUACUUCUGCAUUGCUUUGGGUUACACCAACAGCAGCCUCAAUCCAAUCCUUUAUGCGUUUUUGGAUGAAAACUUUAAGAGAUGCUUCAAGGACUUCUGCUUCCCCUUCAAGAUGAGGAUGGACAGGCAGACCACCAGCAGAGUCAGAAACACUGUGCAUGACCCAGCUUUCCUGAGGGAAGCAGGUGGGGCAAACAAACCUGUAUGACUAGUCGUGGAAAUGUCAUCUUACUGUCCUCAGGAGAGAGAGGAGUCCAACGACCUAGGGCUGACACAGAUUACCACU